AACAGUGACAGCUUCUGUCAUUCACACUGAAAACCUGAAGUCAGAACAUUGUUGCUCCAAAAAAAACUUCAAAAAACCAAAUUAUGCUCUAGGGAAGAACCUCAAGACUGAGAUGCAAUGUACCGUGAACAAAACAUUACCUAUCACCUCCACUUUUGCAGUAGCUAGCUUGCUUUGUAUUAACUCCCAAUUCCAAACUCCUCUCCGCAGGUUUCCAUUAUCUUUCCCUUUUGUUUGAAGAAAAGAUUGAUGGCUCCUGCAUCAAGAAAAGACCUAGAUGGGCUAAAGAUUGCAGUUACUGUGAUGCUCUUCUUUUUUCUCACAUUCUUUCCUUCCAAAUCAGCUGGGCGGGCAAUGUUUGCAAGAGACAGAGAGCGUCUGGAGCAAAUGAAAUUGGUUUUGGGUUCAAGGCCUCCUCGGUGUGCGAACAAGUGCCUGAGUUGCAGGCCCUGCAUAGCUGCUUUAGUUACAUCUCCACACCAUAGAACUGAGUACUUCAACGUAUCAUCUCAGCGAGAUGAGAGCUAUUAUCUUCUCUCUUGGAAGUGCAAAUGUAAAGAUAAGUUCUUCCAACCUUGAUUAAUGUUACAGGCUCAUCUUCAGAUACUCCUCAUGUGUACAGUACUGUAGCUAUGGUACAGACUCCCUCCUGCUAAUUACUUGCUCAUUAUUUACUCUCUCUCUGUCUCUCUCUCUCAGAGGGAUAUUAGUGCUAA